AGAAAACUGAAGGUGGGGCCAGAGUGAUGUCAGCGCGCUCGAACCCGUGAACAUAUUUAAACGCGCUCGGAGCUCAGUGCGCGCGUCAAACGCGUGGAAGAGACGCGCAUGUGGAUCAGCGGCGCUGUCAGACAGCAUCUUCUGCACACCUGCUCUCAUCUGCGUGGAUAUUAACCUGCGUCUGCGCGUCGCGUUUGGAGGCAGAAUGCGGCGCGUUGUGACGCGCGCUUUGGAGACGCGGAACUAUCGCAAUUAGUUUGGAUCUCGCGGCGGGUUUGAUGUUUUGACGGUGGUUCCUUCACGUGACAGACGCGCAGCGCAUCACAGAACCGCGCGGACGCUGAAGAUCCGCGCUCGCGUCAUGUGGAUGUAGUGGAUUAAGUGCGUUUCGAGUGGAUAUUUGUGAGCAGACUCACUGUGGAUGUGUAAAUGUCUUUUCUCCGCACGGGUCUCUAUGGGCCACAGUUAAGCUUCCCAUCAAAGGAACUGGCUCUAAAAUGAAGUUAUGGGACAUCGUAGCCCCGUGUUUGUUGCUCCUGAGCUCGGUUUCCACACGUCCCCUCUUCCACAAGCUGCAGCCGUCCAAAAGAGCCGUCGUCUCCGAGGGCCACGCUGACAUCUCGGCACCGGACCCCAUCGUAGACGCUCAUCCUGAAACUAGAGACCUGAAACAAGCUUCCAUGGAAGAACAAUAUGAUGUAAGCAGUCUUUACCCGGAACAGUUCGAGGAUGUAAUGGACUUCAUCGAAGCGACUAUCGGCCGAUUGCGGCGCUCCCCGGAUUCUGACGGUGUUUCGAAGAGGGAUCGAGCGCGUCAGCGGAAAGCGUCGAACGGCGAGAGGAGCGUCCGAGGAGACAAAAGGAGGAGUCGCGGACGAGCCCGAGGGGGGAAGGAAAGUCGAGACGAGAGGGUCAAAGGUCCCGGGCGUGGAUGCCUCCUGAAAGAGAUCCACCUCAAUGUGACUGAUCUGGGAUUGGGCUACAUGACCAAAGAGGAAUUGAUAUUUCGGUACUGCAGUGGCCCCUGUUACGACUCUGAGACCAACUAUGACAAGAUCUUGAACAACCUCACCCAAAACAAGAAACUUGACAAAGACACGCCAUCUAGGACUUGCUGCCGGCCGAUCGCUUUCGACGACGACAUCUCGUUUUUGGACGACAGCUUGGAGUACCACACGCUAAAGAAACAUUCCGCUAAAAAGUGCGCCUGCGUCUGACCUGCCGACCGACCGACCGAACGCAUGCAUGCACGGGACGGAUGAAACCAGGAGUUUUCGCUUGUCAGGCCCUGUUGGGAAACAAAGACGACAGAGCGAUGAUUGACAGAUCUGAACACAAGAGUUCAGACGCUCGGUAGAUGGAAAGAGAUCUCAGCUGCUCGGUGUUACCAAACCCUUAAUAUGAUGGAAAUGUUCAUCAUCAUUUACGUCAUAACUCAAACAAACAGAUGCUCGCAGUGGAUUAUUGUGUUUACACUGUGGUCAGAAACCAAUGCAUCCACAGACUUCAGAUCUUUAAUAUCCAGAAAGCUAUCUAUCUAUAUAUAUAGUAUAUAUGAAAAUGUAUUUAUUGAGAUUUAAUUAAGUUAUUGUUAUUUAUUGCAAUCCAUUGUAUAAGAGUGUUUGUUUUUUCUUAUUUAUUUUAGAAAGUUAUUUGGUUUUCUGUCUUAGAUGGUGCCAAAUCCAAGCAUGUGUUUGUAGAGACACCCAAACCAUUUCAAAAGUUGAGGUUUUUCUUCUGUGGUACUCAAAGGUGACUGAAUAUCUAAAGCGCUGUUUUAAGUGGAUAGUGAUUAGGGCUUCAAAACGAUUAAUUGCAACUAAUCGUUUGCAGAAUAAAAGUUUUUAUUUAAAAAUAGAUAAUAUAUAAAUAGCUUUUUUUGUACACACACAUAUAUAUGAUUUAAUGAAAAACUUAUUCUGCAAACAAUUAGUCGCGAUUAUUCGCUUUGCAGCCCUAGUGAUUCAUAACGCCAAGACCUGAGUCUUCUGAUGUCAUAUGACAAAUAAUCUUCCCUUAUGUCAGACCUCUCACUUAAUUCCACAUCACAGUAAAUAUUGCUUCCUGUAUGUCUGCUGCAGAAAUGAAGAUUAUAGGGCUGUAAAACGAUUAAUCGCGACUAAUCGUUUACAUUAUAUAUAUUUGUAUGUAUUUAAGUCAUACACACAUGCAAGUAUAUAUUUAAUAAAUAUUCACAUGUGUAUAUACAUUUUUAUAUUUAUGUAUAAUUUAUAUUAUAUAUAAAAACUUAAUAUAUAAAUAGAUUUUUCUUUCUUAAAAUGAUACAUGCAUGUGGGUGUAUGUAUGUAUUUUUAAAUAAUUAUUAUACACAGUACACACACACAUGAUGUAAACUUUUAUUCUCCAAACGAUUAGUCACGAUUAAUCGUUUUGCAGCCCUAUAAGAUUAUCACUCUUCAGUUUCAUUGUGUUGCUGGAGAAGAUGGGGAAUCAUACUUUUAUAAUAAUUUUUAGUCCAUGUUGAAGCUUGGCAGUAUGAAUCACUUUCCAAAAGAAAGAUAAUAACAUGUAGUUGGGUAAGUAAAUGAUUAAGUGUUCAUUUGAAGCUUAACUACUUUAAGAAGUAAUGAACGCACCCCAGCGUCACUUAUUUAAAGAUUCGUCUCCACAUCAGUCGAUCCAUUAGUGAGAACAUCAUACUAGAUAAUAAGCAGGCAGGAUUAUUUCAUAGCGAAAAUAAGUGGACCAACAAAUAAACUAGACAAAAGACCGAUGUCAAAACCUUUAUACUGUCUUUUUCCAUCACGAAAUCCCACGAAGGUCUGCGAGAGACCGAUUGUUUACUCAGUCUUUGGUGGUUGUUACUGGAACUCGAAUGGCUCGUCUCCAAUUAUCUCUUUAAAAUACAGCCUGGUCCAAUGUGUUUACAUCUCACCGUGCCAGACAGAAACACGGCCACAGUGAACCGUUUGAUCCCAAUAAAUGAUGUUACGUUUGACCUUUUUUAUAUCGGUUGACCAGUUGGCGAGUGUCUGGUAACCUGGAGUUAUCGCUGAGGUCCCCGCUGGCUGGCUGGCUUAACAGAUUUGACUCAUUAAUCUGCACAAAUAAAGCGGUCUCGCAUGGUUGGAAAGACUCCCUAUCGUUUAAGACCAAUUAUAUCAAAUCUGCUUCGUCUUUCCUAAACUUCUUAACAAAACACAGCCAGGAGUCAGCGGCAUGCACAUUCACAUACAGCUCCAAACAAAAGGGAAAAUAGAGUUUCAGCUGACAGACAAACACACCUUUAUUACGAUCAUGGGUAUAAAGCCGUAAUCCCUCUUCAUACUUAACAAAUCCACUCAUUUCUAAAGUAUUUAGGCCAACCUCUGUAAAGCAUGAUCUACCUCUGAUCACCAGCAUUUGUUAAUGUUAAAGAUCCACCAAACCAAACAAACCCUCCCGUCCUGAUGGAUGAUGAUUUAAUAAUGGACCUGAGCUUGAAAGUUACGUUGUCUAGAAAUCUUUGAAAUCCUUUUCUGUCCUGCGGUGUUUGUUGGUCCUGUUGUCUUGUUUUGUGUUACUGAACCAAAGCUCUCUGCAGACUUUAUUUUUGUACAAUAUUCAUUUUAUAACUUUUUACAAAAUAAAACUCAUU